AUGAAAGAUCCCACAGUGAAAGAAAGGAGCCAGGUGCAGAUGGACGCUAUGAUCACAGUCUUGACCGACACUCGCGACAUCAUGAUAGCCAUGAAGACCGGCGGUGGCAAGAGUAUGCUGUGGAUGGUUCCAUCCGUGCUGGAUGAAGAAGCAAAAUGCAUUGUGGUGUGCCCCUUUGUCGCAUUACUUGAAGAACAGUAUGCCAAGGCCACUGCUACUGGUCUGCGAUGCCACAAUUACUCUCGCUCCAAAGAUGUCCUGGACAAUGUUCAGGUUCUGUUUCUCCAGGUCAAACAUUGUUCAUCUGAAAGAUUCGCCAGUUUCCUGAUGUCCCCCCUUGGGAAGAAGUUCGGGAGAGUCUUCAUAGACAAAUUUCACGACAUAAGCAAUUGCCGUCCCAAUCACACCAUCAAAUGGAAAGUUCUCGCCAAACAAUUCACCACAGCGCCUCCACACUGCCUGGCACUCUUCCUCAAACCAUUCGGCAUCAAGGUCGCGGACAUCGCCAAGCCCAUCACAGUGAAGCAGUCUCUGAAUAGCCUGGUUCAUGCUUUGAACAGACGUUUGAGGGAUGAAGAACACAUGCUCAUGUUCUUUGCCUCACAAGGCGACGCCCAACUCUUUGUGACACAAAACAGGUGCGCCGUCUAUCAUAGCAAGCUAUUCAAGCCUGGGAACACCAAGGCGUACGACCUCGACCUCUGGGACCGAGGAGAAUCAAAGGUCAUGGUGUGCACCACAGCGUUUGCGCAGGGCAUGGACAGAUGCAAUGUCCAAUACGUGGUGAUCUUCAGGCCGGCAUACAGACUCAUAGUCAACAACCAGAUGCUGGGUCACGCAGGUCGAGACAGAGAGGAGUCUCAUGUGUUUUUCGUCACAGAUGCUGAGGGGAUAACGAGCUUCCAUGGAGGGAGGACGGGGCGGGAGCACUGCAUGGAAGAAUUGCACAAUGUGGAGCCUGCUCCUGUUCAACCGACGUCCCAGGAUAGCGAUUCAAUGUAUGAUGACUUCAAUUCGCAGAUAACGUCGUCUCAAGCUAGGGCUCUUGACGCCAUGGAGGACAUUCAUCAGCCUCGCCCCUCAACAAAGGAGAGCAACAACCCCUUCAUGUCAGCAUUACAGCCAUCUGCGCCCACCUCCUCGAGGGUAGAACUGCCCCCUCCUUCAUCGCUCCCUAGCAAUCACUCCCGCUCCUUUGCAGCUAGAGCAGGCAGGUCAAAGAACUUCAACGGCAAGCAACCAGCAUGCCACACCAAUAUGGUGUACAAGAAAGGGAUGGGUUCAUAUUCAAGGCGGUUUUCAGCACAUGGAAAACAAGAGAAGUUCAGGAAGCUGCUGGUGCAGGACAUUGGUGGAGGAGCGACGCUCUCGACCCUAGAUGAGUUCAUUGAUUGGGUGGUCCAAGAGCAAGCUGAAGAAGGGAAAUAUAUCAACUGCUUCCUUUGGUUCUGUGGCGAGAUUGAGAAAGCCAAGCCCCAUUUCUUUAUGUGA